AUGAGGAUGUGGACGAGGACGAGGAGGAUGAGGACGAGGAGGUUGAGGAGGAGGACGAAGAGGAGGAGGCGGACGAGGAAGAUUAGGAGCAGGAGGAGGAGGAGGAGGAGGAGGAGGAGGAGGAGGAGGAGGAGGACAACGAGGACGAAAAUGAGGAGGAAAAAGGACAAGGAGGAUUAUGAGGAGAACGUUGAGGACGAGAAGGUGAAGGAGGAGGAGGAGGAGAAGGAGGACAAAAUGGAGGAGGACAAGGAUGAGGAGGACAAGUUGGAGGAGGACCAGGCUGAGGAGAAGGAGGACGAUAACGAGGAGGAUGAGGACGAGGAUGAAGAGGAGGAGGCGGACGAAGAGGACGAGGAGGAUGAGGAUAAGGAGAAGGAGGACGAGGACGAGGAGGAUGAGGACGAGGAUGAAGAGGAGGAGGUGGACGAAGAGGACGAGGAGGACGAGGACAAGGAGGAUGAGGAGCAGGAGGAGGAGGAGGAGAUGGAGGAGGAGGAGGAGGAGGUGGAGGAGGAGGAGGAGAUGGAGGAGGAGGAGGAGGAGGUGGAGGAGGAGGAGGAGGAGGAGGAGGAAAAGGAUGAGGACGAGGCCGAGGAGGACAAGGAGGAAGAGGACGAGGAGGAGGACAAGGAGGAGGAGGAGGAGGACGAGGAGGAGGAGGAUGACGAGGACGAGGAGGAGGAGGAGGAGGAGGAGGAGGAGGAGGCGGAGGAGGAGGAGAAACAGGAGGAGGAAAAGGACGAGGACGAGGAUGAGGAGGAGGAGGAGGAGGAGGAUGAGGAGGAGGAGGAGGACGAGGACGUGGAGGACGAGGUAGAGGAGGAGGAGGAGGAGGAGGAGCAGGCCAAGGAGGAAGAGGAGGACGAGGAGUACGAGGAGGAUGAGGAGGACGAGGAGUACGAGGAGGAUGAGGAGGACGAGGAGGACGAGGAGGAGGACAAGGAGGUGGAGGAUGACGAGGACGACGAGGAGGAGGAGGACGAGGAGGACGAGGAGGACGAGGUGGACACGAAGAACGAGCAGGAGGAGGAGGAGGAAGAGUUGAACGCGGAGGACGAGGAGGAGGAGGAUAAGGAGAAUGAGGUGGAGGAGGAGGACAAAGUGUAGGUGGAGGAACAAAAGGAGGAGGAGGAUAAGGUGGAUGGAAUUGUUGGAGGAGGACCUGGCUGAGGACAAGGAGGACCAGGCGUACAAGGAAGAGGACGACAAAAAGGAGAAGGAGGAGGAGGAGGACAAGGAGGAGGAGGAGGACAAGGAGGAGGAGGACGAGGAGGAGGAGGACGAGUACGUGGAUGACGAGGAGGAGGAGAAGGAGGAGGAGGAGGAGGAGGAGGAUGAGGACGACGAGGAGGAGGACCAGGAGGAGGAGGAGGGGGUGGAGGAGGAGAAGGAAGAUGAUGAGUAGGAGGAGGAGGAAGAGGAGAACGAGGAGGGGGAGGAGGAGCAGUAGGAGGAGGAGGAGGACAAGGAGGAGGUGGACGAGGGGGAGGAGGACGACGAGGAGGUCGAGGAGGAGGAUGAAGA